UAGAUACAUCCCCCUAUACCUGCCUCCUUACUAUCCGGAACAUCGUCGAGCACCUAAGUAACUAAACAACGUCGUUCCCUUUCCUGCAUUUUAACGAUUCUACCGACCGAUGUGCGAAGUAAAAAGCCAUAACGACUUCGGACUUCGCUUCCACGAUAUACUCACCUGCCGCUCUUUCGGUUCGAAAACUGCGAAAAAUCUAUGUCUGCACAUAACACCGUACCGUACUCGUCGACAACGGCCCGAUAAGUCUCAGUUGCCAUGGUUCCCGCCCUCCUGCUGAAUUUGCUCGCCAUAUGGCUCUUUGCCAUGGUGGACGCCUCGGCGGCGACCCGCCCGCGGAGUAUCAUGUAUCUCACCGGCCAGCAUCCCGUAACGCCUGAUCCGUCUCUCAGCUCGUCAAUUACUCACGUAGCCUUGGCUUUCAUGAGCCCUGACCUCUUCCACCAAGAUACCGGCGAGUCCUCAUGGCCGCUGUUUAUGAGCGUCUCUGAAGCUCGCUCGAAGUUCCGAGCCGGGACCAAGAUUAUGGUUGCUAUCGGGGGCUGGGGAGACACGGCCGGCUUCGAGGCUGCCGCACGUACCGAAGACAGCCGGGCAAAGUUUGCUCGCAGUGUUGCCUCUAUGGUCCACGAUACGGGAGCCGACGGUGUCGACAUAGAUUGGGAGUAUCCAGGGGGUAACGGCGAGGAUUACAAAACGAUCCCCAAUGAGGACAAAGCCUGGCAAGUAGCCGCAUAUCCGGAGCUGCUCGCUGAGAUCCGCAAAGCUCUGGGCCCUGAUAUAAUCAUAUCGGCAGCCGUGCCUGGUCUUCCGAAAGACAUGCUCGCCUUUACCGCCGAGACCGUACCCAGGAUAUCCGAAUCUCUCGACUUCCUGAACGUAAUGACCUAUGACCUAAUGAAUCGGCGCGACAAUGUGACUGGGCACCACACCGGAGUCCAGUCUAGCCUGACGGCUGUGCGUACAUACAUAGCUAACGGUGCUGCCCGUGACAAAAUCAACCUCGGCUUUGCCUUCUACGUCCGAUAUUUCCGUACCGGGAACGCGACUUGCCUGCCGGACCCGAUCGGGUGCCCCACGGGUCCUAUGGAGGAUCCACGAACAGGGGCUGACCUGGGCAAGGCGGGCUCUUUUUCCUGGCAUGAUGCUGUCCCCCGAGACGUCAGGAGGUCAUUUGAGAAAGCUCUAACGGAGGGGCAAUACGAUCAAGUUGGUGGUGGUUACUGGUAUUGGGACGAAAUCGAAGCGAUUUGGUGGACAUUCGACACACCUGACGCUAUCACGAAGAAGUUUCCUCUUAUUAUCGAAAGGGAGAAGCUAGGCGGCGUCUUCGCGUGGGGAUUGGGCGAAGACGCACCGAGGUGGUCACACCUCAAGUCUCUAAAUGCUGGGGUGGAGGCUCUAGUAGGCAAAGAGGAAUUAUAAUUCCUCGGGUUACUUUAAACGGCAUUUACCUAUGACAGGAUGGUCACGCAAGAAAUCAAGUAAUUGUUAUAUCAU